GAGCGACUCGCGUGAACGUGAGUUUCAUCAUUGCAUUGAAAUGAGUGUCAAAUACAGUGUGUUUUGCAUUCAAUUGAAUGGCAUUUUCGCUGCGAAAACGAAGUGUUUGUUUUGGGACUGACUUUUGAAUUUGUGGACAACAUUACAAACCCAACGAUUAUUUGUCGCACGUCGAGCUCAAACAAUUAGCCACUACCACCCCAUUCGCUGCCCACUGGACUCUUAGCCAGGACCGGCAGUUGUCUCGACGUCUCGCUAUAGACAGCCAACUCACUCACUCACAGUCAUAGAGGAACGGUAGCCGUGGGGCUGACCCGCUAUUGGACAGGGAGAUGACGCACAUGAGUGAGCGGCAUAUACUGCGCAUCCAAAAGGACAUCCGCGAGUUUUACCGGGAGGACAGUCGGGAACUGUACGCCGUGUGCGAGGAGGAGGACAUGAGUCAAGUGCACGCACUCAUACUCGGCCCCAUCGGCACGCCCUACGAAAAGGGCUUCUUCUACUUCACGCUCAAGUAUGGCCGCGAUUACCCCAUCAAACCGCCCAACGUUAAGCUCCACACAACGGACGCCUGCAAAGUGCGGUUUAACCCCAAUCUGUACGCGUGCGGGAAGGUAUGCCUCAGCAUUCUGGGCACGUGGCAAGGCCCUCCCUGGACAGCCGCCGUAACCCUAUUCACGACACUACUGUCCAUACAGUCGCUCAUGAAUGAGAAGCCCUAUCACAAUGAGCCGGGAUAUGAGGAGCGGAAGGGUCUGUCGCACGCCCUGGGGUUCGGUCGCGCCGGCGGCCGAUCAGUGGAUCAGUGCGUUCGCGACUAUAACGACAUCAUAGCCUACGAGACGAUACGCGUGGCGGUCGUCGGUAUGCUGUCCGCCAAUUCGACGGACGCCAAGAAUAUGCCUAAAAUGCUGAAAGACGUGAUGAUAGCGUCGUUCAGACAGAACUACCCGUACUUCGAGAGCACCGUUAGGUCGCGACAGGACAUGGAUGGCAAGCCGUGCAGCGACCCCUUCCGCGACCACUUGCGGCCCUCGACUUUCCAAUACAAACAGCUGUUGGAGUCGUUGCUGAAGUUGAAGGCGGAGUACGGCAUCAGCGGUGGCGCCGCUGAGGGAUCGGUAGUGCCAGCGCUCAGCCAACAGCCUAACGGUCCCAUAGAUGACGAGAUUUCUAUCGUAUACGACGGGACGGCAGCGGCCGGUACCUCAUCGCCGGCGCCCACCUGUUCAGCGGCCGCAGCGGCACCGAUAGACACGAAAGACGACCCCUUAGUGAAGGAGUACUACGCGAUGGCCGACACUAUGAUCUCAAAAGGCGAGUCACAUCCCCGGCCGCCCAAACCCGAGGAUCCCGACGAGUGGCAGAAGAUUAUUGAUUACAUGAACGGAGAUAUAGAUGAAGACGAGGACACGUCUCAAGAUCUGGUCUACGAGUCGGACAGCGAGGGGGAGGGGGAGGGCGACCACGAGAUGCACUCCGAUGUCGAUCAACACCCUAACCCUCAGCAGCCAUAACGCGCACAACAACUCUCAUACUUAGGCACAACUGGCCGCCCGUUCCUCUCAUAUUAUAAUUGAUUUCGAAGUUUAUUUGAAUGAAUAGUUUAAUUACAAUCGAUGUGUGAAUUGUUAUUUAAAAACACAUUUAUUUUGCGCUUAAGUUUGCAUUGAUAUGAAUGUCUGGGAAUUUCAGACAAAAAGUUAAUUUAUUUCGCAUGAAGUCCCGAAAGUAGGGCUCAAAACACGUUUGUAUUUACGGUAUAAAUAUUUUCUAUGAAUAUAGAGAUUAUAAACAAAUUAAUUGAGUAUUGAUUAGAAAUAUAC